AUGUUCCGAAGAGCACAAGCAAAAAAGCUAAAGCAGCAUUAUAGAGAAAGCAUUAGUGAUUUGAAAAAUCUUUUAACAAUGGACCCCAAAAAUUCUGCAGCCAAAAAAGAACUGGAAGUUGUGAAAAAUUUCUGGCGUCAGGAAUUGAACGCAAUGAAAGCCAGCAUGGGAGAAGGCAAAUCUAAAAAAGACAGUAAUAAAUGUAACCAAGAAAGCAACACUGUCCCACCAGCACCUUCAGGAGGUGCAAAUGGAAGUGGCAAGAAAGGAUCAAAACAGAGAACCCGGGUUUGUGUGCAUGACGUUGAUGAAGAUAACAACAGUAGCAGUAGUAGCAGCAGCAGUAGCCAAAGUAAAUCUCCCUCAGUACCAGUGACAAAAUCCCAUGGCAAGCACCAUAAAAACUCGGCUCCAAAAAAAGCAGAAGGUAAUACUCAGCAAAAUCAAGCCCCAAGCAAUAACAAAAAAGGAUGCAAGUCUGGAGGCCGUACAGCACCUCCACCUCCUGUUGCAGCCCCACACAUUGACAAGGCCACACCCUAUGAAUUCUUGAAGGCUUGGAAUUCUCUCAAGACUGUCCGCAACACAAAGCCUUAUGCAGACUUGCUGGCCCAGGUCCCACCUGAAGAUUUGCCAAAAAUGAUCAGCAACAAACUGGAUGCUGCCAUGUUGAACCUGAUUACUCGUUGUGUCUCUGAACACUAUGCAGACAGAGGAACUGCUGAGUUGGGUUUGCAAAUUCUGUCCAAUGUUACUAAAGUCGAACGCUUCCAGACCAUUGCAAUGUUCAUGUCUUCAAAAGAAAAAUCAGAUUUGUUGUCAUUGUUAGAAACUUUGGCUGCAAACCAAACUUUGUAUGGAGAAGAAGAGAUGCAGAAAUUAAAACAUGAAUAUGGAUUGAAAUAG